CUUGUCGAAAAGGAAACGACGUGGGAUUACUACAAAGCCGUCGUUUUGGUUUACAUUCUUCAACAAAAGGACAUUCUCACUCUUCUGGCCCAGUUCGGUGACGCCUCUGUGAUGGAGGUGCGUUCUAUUUUGGAUGACAAUGGCCUCGUUUCUUUUGCCCCUUUCACUGGGUCGAGUGCGGUGCGUGGGUGGGAUUCCAACCUGUACUUUGUGCGCGCCAGCCCUGCGGCCGAGCUGCUGACGCUUCUCCGCUACGCCGUGGCUCAGCUGCGGGUGCUUCGGCUGGGCUUCAUGUACCUGCAGGGCGUCCUUCUUGGUGAAGAGGAGUAUGAGCAGGCAAAACGUGUGAUGUCGGCGAUGGGCUACGAGUUCUGCGGCGUCUUCACCGUGAACUCUUCCAGUGGUACUGUCGACCCUACAGAGUUCGAGGUUGUGUGGAAGCGGUUUGCCGCCACCCGGCCGCAGGCGGUGAUUGUGUUUGGCUGGCCAGUAGCGCUCACUGAGCGAUUCAUUAAGAAGAUGCUGACGGACGUGCGCACCGCCGGCGCGUACCUGCUGGCUCCCCUCGUGUUGCAGCCAACUGUUCUGCGCAUAUGGCGUGCUGCCGUGGCCGAUGAUGGUGUCAAGUUCGUGCCCGGGCAGGUGAUCACGACGGGGACGAACCCGCUGGCAAAGGACGAAAGGUACGACGCCAUCCGUCGCUUCCAGACGGUGAUGCAUGAUUACCUGGAGAACAGUGGGCAGAGCGACUACAACGACACGUAUCAUUUCCUCAACAAUGACAACGACGGCGAACUGAUGGUUUCUGGGUGGAUUGCCGGCGAGGUCCUGGUGCAGGCGGUAGGAAGUUAUAGAGGUGUGAAGAACCGCACGUCGUUUAAGGCGUCUAUCUUCAACCAACGCCGGUAUGUAAUCGACGACCUUGUGUUUGGCGACUACGGUGGGGAUUGCAAUGAUGAGGCUGAAGCACAGGGUGUCGUCUGCCGCUGCAACCAGGGCGGUGGCACUGUGUACAUGAAGCGGUUCGUGGAGGGCUUCCGAGCGGAGGUGGUGGAUAAAGGCCUCACGACGUUCAGCUUGUCAAGUUGUCACGGUUCACAGGUUCAAGUGCCGUCAGUGUUUCUUGGGGUGGAGUUUCUAAUGAAUGACGGCGCUGUUGCAAAAGUUGCCUCUGCUGAGUUCCACAGCGGGUUUGCGGGGAAAGGUGCAAGCCAGAAGACCUCGUGGGAUGAAAGUCAGAUCCACGUGCUUACUUUUGCCUCCGCUCUUGGCAGCGCCCGUGCUGCUCUGCAGUCGGAGAUGCAAUCACGGCACGUUCAUGGGGUUGCGGGGGUUGUGACGGAGGCGAUGCUGGGCGUGGAGGGGGUGGCCUUCAUCGACCCGCUGCAGCUCGAGCCGCGGCUGAACAGGUUCCGCCGGCACGUGAUUCACCUGUCGCCGACGCUGGAGCAGCAGUUCUUCGUGCUUGCGGAGUACCUCGGAGACACGGGUGUCCGCGCGGCGCACGCGGUGAUCCGCGGCGAGGAGGCGGCGGCGGUGGCGGAGGUGCUGCGGCGGUCGCUGGUGACGUUUGGCGGGUCGCUGCGGUCCGCGACGCUGCUGGCCGGCGGCGACGCGCUGGCGGAGCACCUGCCGGAGGCGGGCGACGUGUUCGUGGCGGGCCUUGCGGCCGGCGACGUCACAGCGGUGGCGCGGCACGUGGCGUCGCACGACGGCGUGCGCGUGCUCGUCGCGUUCUCCGAGUUUGCGCUGCUGCACGCCGACUUCGCCGCCGCGUUCGGUGGCGGUGCAGGUGGCGCCGGCCGCGUUGUGUUUGCGACGAGCCUGCCGCACUGGGACGACGCGAACUCG